AUGUUUCUCACCUGUCAAUUUCGUUGUCGCAGGUCGGGGGCGCUCGAUUCGGCGCGCUGCCUCGCCGGACACGCCAGCUCUGGGUGUGGGUGGAGGCACAGCUCGGCUCCCCGCUGUGGUGCUGCGACGGACCUAGGGUUUACUGUUCAGCAGCAGCAGGGUGAGAUCCUUGGGCGGUUCCCUAAGAAGCCGUCCAAGUCCGGGGACAAGGAUCCGAUCGGACGGUCAGGCGCCUCCGUGUCCAACCCCCCGAGAGGCGCGGAGAGGGCAUCCGGCCACACGCCAAUUAUCUCCAGCUCUGGGCUCAGCUACGGCGACGGCCAGCAUCCGGGUAACGGAAACAACUCGAGGGUCAACAAUGGCAAUUCAUCGGCCUUCGAGCUGCUCCCGGGCUUUAAGGAUGUCCCCAACGCCGAGAAGAAUAACCUCUUCGUCAAGAAACUGAACCUGUGCUGCGUCACGUUUGACUUCAGCGACCCGACAAAGAGCAUGAAGGAGAAGGAAGUAAAACGACAAACUCUGUUGGAGCUCGUGGACUAUGUCGCCUCGGCCAAUCAGAAGUUUCCGGAGAUAGUUAUGCAGGAGACCACGAGGAUGGUUUCUCUGAACCUGUUCAGGACGCUGACCACCCCUCCCAGGGAGAACAACAUUUCAGCCUAUGAUUUGGAUGAGGAUGAGCCUGUGAUGGACCCUGCUUGGUCGCACUUGCAGAUUGUUUAUGAGUUGUUCUUGAGGUUCAUUCAGUCUCCGGAGACUGAUGCCAAGCUGGCUAAAAGGUACAUCGAUCAUUCCUUUGUCCUCAGGCUACUUGAUCUCUUUGACUCCGAAGACCCCAGGGAGAGAGAGUACCUCAAGAUGAUACUCCAUCGUGUCUAUGGAAAGUUCAUGGUUCAUCGGCCAGUUAUUAGGAAAGCCAUCAACAACACCUUCUACCAGUUCAUCUACGAAACUGAAAAGCACAAUGGAAUUGCAGAGCUACUGGAGAUCUUAGGGAGCAUCAUCAACGGGUUUGCGUUGCCACUUAAGGAAGAGCAUAAAUUGUUCCUUAUCAGGGCCUUGAUUCCACUACACAAGCCAAAGUGCAUUGCAAUGUAUCAUCAACAGUUGUCUUACUGCAUUACGCAGUUCGUUGAAAAAGAUUGUAAACUUUCAGACACAGUUAUCAGGGGCCUACUGAAAUAUUGGCCCAUCACAAACAGCAACAAGGAGGUGAUGUUUUUGGGAGAGUUAGAAGAGAUACUAGAAGCUACACAGCCUGCAGAGUUUCAGAAAUGCAUGGUUCCUCUUUUCCGCCAGAUUGCACGUUGUCUGAACAGCUCUCACUUUCAGAAGGUUGCUGAGAGAUCAUUGUUUUUGUGGAACAAUGACCAUAUCGAGAGUUUGAUCAAACAGAACAGCAAGGUGAUAUUGCCUAUCAUAUUCCCUGCACUGGAGAGAAAUUCCAGCGGGCACUGGAACCCAGCUGUGCAAAGCCUCACUCUUAAUGUGCGCAAAUUGUUCUCUGAUCAUGACGCCGGACUGUACACCGAGUGUCUGCGGAAAUACGAAGAAGCCAAAGCCAAAGAGAAGGAGAAUAAAUUGAAGCAAGAAGCCACAUGGAAACGCCUAGAAGAGAUUGCGUCAUCAAGAGCAACCAGUGGAGAGGCUGUGCUCGUCCAUCGAACCUUACCCCGUCAAUCUUCAGCUGUGUAG